AUGGGGUUUUUGACCCUUCUCUUCGUUUCAUGGAAGACUUUUCACUCCAUCAGAAGCCUGUUUACAGUGCAGAGAACAAAACACCUUGCUCCCCACCUCGCAGGAUACAUUAAGGAAAAACAUCAACUUUUGGAAAAAGUCGGCCAGAUUCAAAAGGAGAAUGAAGGCUUGGAGGCUGCUCUCAAGGAGGCCCGCGUCCUUGAGAAAGAGGGAGCCAGGCAAGCCCAGGGUUGGGAGGCAGCCUACAAGGACAUGGCCAGGUUUCGAGGGCGGAUAACCUCCAUCCUCACAGAGCUCAAAGAAGAGCAAUCACAACAUUGUAAAAAACAGCAACUGAGGAUGAAAGUGAUGUCUGGCAGGAUCCGGUCCCUAAUACAGGAAUCAAAACUUCUCACGGCUGAAAUAGCUGAAGUCAAGGUCGCCCUUUUGAACUUCAGCAAAGAGCAGCUCCAGAGAGAAGUGAAAGACACUGUGAGACAGAAGGCCCAACUCCAGGAAAGCCAGGGACAGCUUCUCCAGGAGGCUCGAAGGUGGAAGGAACAAGUGGGUACACUCACCUCCCAGAAAACAGCGCUGCACGAUGCCUGGGUUGGAGCAGGGCAACUGCUUCAGGGGAAAGGACAGCACAGGGAGGCUCUGUCUGGGCACCUGCUCCUCCCCACAAAAGGUGGGGCUUCAGGGCCCCCAGGGGACCGCACACCACCUGAGGACUACCAGCAAGAAGUGAGGAGGCAGCCCCAAAGUUGUCCCGGCUUUGCUGAUGGGCCAGAAGGACCCUCGGAGAGACUGGUUUUCAGCACUCAGGUCAAUGCGUCCUUCCAGACCCUGGAAGAGCAAAGAGGCCGACUUCACGCUCAGCUCUUGGGAGCACAGCAAACCAACGAAGAACUGGCAGAGUCUGUGCGACAUCUCCAGACUCAGCGAGCGUCUCUGCAGUCGGACAACACAGAGCUGCGAAGAGAGCGCCAGAAGCUUCAGCUGAAGUUCACAGUGAAGACCGAAGUUCACCAACAAACAAUCCUGAGCUGCUACAGGAAACUGAGCCUGGCAGCGAAGACCCGAGCGCAACAGGAGCCGAAACUGGAGGAGGUGGGCCGCGUCGCCGAAGAGCUGGAGACCUACAGAAAGCGAGUCCAAGACAUGGAAGAGGAAUGGGAGAGGACUCUUCGUUUCUACCAGAGGCAGGUGACCUCCAUGCAGAGAGAAGCCUGUGAGAACUGGGACAAAGCUGUCAUCGCUGAAAGACGCCUGCAGGAUUUAAGAAGAGAAAAUGCUCGCACCAGACAAAUCCUCUGUGCAGCAGAGCUGAAAGAUUCACUGGUAGGCAAACAUCCUGCCACUCUCAGUGUCACAAAGAGCACCUCUGGCCCAGAGCGUUCCCCACGAGGUCCUUCCCCUAGGCGUCGGCCUAGACCCACAUCUAAAAGAUCUGUGUGCCCUCUCCCAACGCUGUGGGAGGAGCCACUGGGAGGCCAAGUGUCCUCUCCAACGGGCCCAGGAAACUCUCAGUUGGACCUCACCCAGCUCAGCCUGCUCCAAGCCCACCCCAGUGCGAGGGCUUGA